AUGCCUGCCGCGCCGCUUAGAACCGCCAGGCUGAACAUGCUGGCCCAGCAUCUCUCCGCUGGCGCCGCCCGUUCCUUCUCCACGGGGUCGGUCCUCCGCAGGGAGAUCCAGGACGCCUAUAUUCUGAGCGCUGCCAGAACCCCCACUGCCAAGUUCAAUGGCUCGUACCUCGGCGUCAGCGCACCCCAGCUCGGCGCCGUCGCCAUCAAGUCUGCUCUGGAAAAGUCCAAGGUUCCCACCGACAAGAUCACCGAUGUCUACAUGGGCAAUGUCCUUAGCGGGAGUGUCGGCCAGGCCCCCGCCCGCCAGGCCGUCAUCUUCGCCGGCCUGCCCGAGACGACCGAGGCCAUCACCAUCAACAAGGUCUGCUCCUCCGGUCUCAAGGCUGUCAUCUUCGCCGCCCAGAAUAUCCAGCUAGGUCUGGCCGAGGCUCAGAUUGCCGGUGGCAUGGAGAACAUGUCCCGCGUCCCCUAUUAUGUCAACCGCGCGAGUGGCCUCCCGGCCUUUGGCCACGCCAAGAUGGAGGACGGUCUGAUCAAGGACGGCCUCACCGAUGUCUAUCAACAGUUCCACAUGGGCAACUGCUGCGAGAACACGGUCAAGAAGCACAAUAUCACCCGCGAGCAGCAGGACGAGUACGCCAUCCAGUCUUACCGCAACGCCCAGAAGGCUUGGGCCGACAAGGCCUUUGCCGAUGAGAUUGCCCCCGUGACUGUCAAGGGCCGCAAGGGCGACACCAUCAUCGACACGGACGAGGGCUUCAACGACAUCAAGUUUGAAAAGGUCCCCACCCUGAAGCCUGCCUUUGUCCGCGACGGAACCGGCUCCGUCACCGCCGCCAACUCUUCCACCCUGAACGAUGGCGCCAGCGCCCUCGUCCUCGGCAACCGCUCCAUCGCUCAAAAGUACGGCAAGGACUCGCGUGUCCUCGCCAAGAUUAUCAGCUACGCCGACGCUGCCAUGGCCCCCAUCGACUUCCCCGUCGCCCCCGCCAAGGCCGUCCCCAUUGCCCUGGAGCGUGCUGGCAUCACCAAGGACCAGGUCGCCGUCUGGGAGUUCAACGAGGCCUUUGCCGGUGUCAUCCUCGCCAACCAGAAGAUUCUUGGUCUCGAGGGCGCCAAGGUCAACCCUCUCGGCGGUGCCAUCUCUCUCGGCCACGCCCUGGGCAGCUCUGGAUCGCGCAUCCUAACCACCCUUCUCCACCAGCUUAAGCCCGGCGAGUACGGUGUUGCCGCCAUCUGCAACGGUGGCGGCGCUGCUACUGCCAUGGUUGUGCAGCGUGUCGAGUCUGUAUAA